UUCUUGCAUGUGUAGGGCGCAGAAGACAAGAAGCGAGACUGAUUUCUGAGGGGAAACAGAUGGACAUUGUCAUUGCUUUCUAAGCAAAGACAAACAUGGAUCCGCUUGCAGUAGUUUUACAGAUCUUUGUGGGCACAGUAAGCAGCAGGAGUCUGAAAACUGGGUAACCAUAAAAGGCCGAGGAAGAACCAGCAACCAUUCAUGUUGUUGGACUACUGCUGUCGCUGCUGUGGAGUCACGCUCAUAAAACGCCAUGGACCCAUCUCCCUCAAGACUACACCCAGUGAUACCUGGGUUGUUCUGCAGAAUCUGUUGAUGUGCAUGGUGUGCUUCUACUCUCUCUACUACAUCGCGGUCAGUCUCUGCAUUGGACUGCUCAGGGUUCAUGAAAUCAACAGCUUGUUGGCUCCGUUCGACUACACCGCCCAACCGUCAUGGCAGAACCCCAAAUACCUGGUCGGAGUAAUUUCCACAGAAGUGACCUAUAUUUUGGGAGGACUGGUGUUUGCCUGGAUUGUGGAGGAGUGGGUUUGGGAUUAUGCCAUAACUGUCACACUUCUCCACAUUGCAAUGACUGUAGCAGUGAUGUCAGACUUCCCUUCAGCUGAGCACUGGUGGAUGGCUCUGGGUAUAGGCCUGGUGAUGAUGAUAUUUGGAGGACAGCUCAUGGCCUACAAAUUUUUCAGAAGCAACUUUGUCUAUCCGGCUGAACUGCAGAAUUUCUGAUGAAAAUGAAGCAUUUCACUGCUGAAAGUGUUAUUACUGGUCUUAGCAACUAAAGUAUGUCAAUAAAGUUAUAUAUACUGUACAUAUUCUAAAGAGAACCACAAGACUGACUUUGUUUCCUUACCAGCUUAGCUCAGUUCAAGUAAUAGUCUGAUCCCACUUUGUACAAAUGGCCUACUUUUGUCUAUUUAACAUCUUUUUUAACCUUUUCGUACAGUUUAUUAUAUUUCAGUUUUGUAUCAUUUCUUUACACACUUAAAACUUUAAAAACAAGCUUAAGCAGAUGUCACAGUUGGAAAAAGUGUGAAUUAUAUACUACCUGUAAUCUACUGACUGAUAUGUGUGCAUAGAUAGUCUUUGUCUGUUUUUUUUUUUUAUUAUCAUUAUUUCUUAUGUUAGUGUAAGCUUAAGAAUUUGUCACAUAUAUUCUCAUAUAAUUUGUUGCUCAGCUAUGGCUACACAGUUUUGUCUAAAUAAACUCAGUGCACAUCUACACAAAAAUAAUGUUUGUUAUAUUUACAAUUUUUAAAAUCUAUUUGGAAUUUGAAUUAAAGGUUUUAUGAGCAAGGACA